GCUGCGUCCUGAACGGGUACAUGUCAACCCCGUCUGUGUGUACGGUUUAUUUACUUCGCCCGUCUGAGUCGUAGAUCCUAACGUACACAAGGUCAGAUCAGAGAUAAACGCGACACCGUCCACCUCCCAUUUAAGCUCGCCUGCAAGAGUAGAAAACAUGUUUACCUCGCAGACGUCAUCCUUCCAAGACUCCAUUGAUGUGGAUGAGAGGGAUGACUUUGACAGUGAGGAGAUCGCAGGAUACAGCCAGAAAACUCAGCUGAGCUGCUACUACACUAUCUAUCUAUAUCAAGGAACCAGGUCUGAGACCACUGGGGAAAAUGUGGCAUGGAACCAGAGAAGAACAGACUCUACAACCAGUCAGGAUGACUUUAGUCUGACCCUGGUGGACAGUAGUCUGCCGUUAGAGGCGGAGCCCGAGCUGCGCUGCUACAUCUCCAGGAGGCUAAGUAAAGGAGCCUUGUUAGGUGGAAUGGGGAACAUUGCCACUGUGGAGCUAAGUGUCCCAGAGCAGGCAGUAGGUUGCUACUGCUGUCUCUUGGAGCAGGAGAAGUCCCCAGAGCAACCUGAUGGUGAUGGAAAUGGAUAUGUCAUCUGCUUUAUGGGGGGCUCAGAGAAAGGACUCAAUUUAUUCAGACUAGAGCUGGAUAAGUAUGUCCAAGGCCUGCAGAACAGUCUACACACUCCAGAAUUACAGAACCUGGAGACUGAAGUGCGUCCCUAUCUUAGUCGCUGGUACGAGGAGUCAGUGAUGCACAUUUAUCGGGUCAUUCAGCUGGUCCAAGGUAGCAUCAGCUUCCUGCUACAUGCUGCUCUGAGUCAUACGCACAUAGAGGUCAUCAAUUCUGAUGCGAGGACAAAGGCUGAUGUGGCCAGGUUCAUCAAAGCAGCCAGCUUGCAGGGUCUGUCUCAGCAGGAUACUACAACGGCUUCACUGUGUAAAGCCAUCUCCGAGGACAUACGCACUGACGUGAUCAUAGACUGCUCCACCAGCCCACCCACACUCUCCAACACUGUCAGUAACCGUUUCUGUGACGACUGGAUUCAGGCCUUCCUAAACGCAGCAGAGCGAUGUAAUCCUUUCUUGCUCAGACAGAUCCUCGAGAACUUCAAACUCAAGGCCAUCCAGGACAUGAACAGCCUGAAGCGCUUUAUACGACAGGCGGAGAUGAGUCACUAUGCUCUAUUCCGCUGCUGUCAGUUCCUGCAGGGCUGUGGCAAUGGGGAUGUCUUGCUGAAAAAUGCAAGGGCUGAGCACAGUGACCUGCCUGAGGCCUGCAGCAUCAUUACUGUCUUGGAGGAGUUCCUCAGGGAACAAACCCAGGCCCCCCAGGUUUGAUCCCUUAAC